GGCGUCGAUUUUUGAUGACGUAUCGACACACGAGGGGAAAGGAAUAGUCAGAGCCGUACCCUGAAAUUUAAAACAUGGGUAAACAGAAAACAAAGAGGUUUGCUGCAAUGAAGAGAAUGAUUAAUCUGAAAGAUCAAAGAAUAAAAGAAAAAGACCGUGCCAAAGCCAAGGACAAAAAGAAGAAAGACCCUUCACAGCUUAAGGAACAAGAAGUCCCAAAGUAUCCAUCAUGCCUGUUUUUCCAGUACAACACUCAGCUUGGCCCUCCAUAUCACAUUCUUGUCGAUACAAACUUCAUCAACUUCUCCAUCAAGGCCAAACUGGACAUUGUGCAGUCUAUGAUGGAUUGUCUGUAUGCAAAAUGUAUCCCUUAUAUCACAGACUGUGUGAUGGCUGAGAUUGAGAAGCUUGGAAUGAAAUACAGAGUGGCACUCAGAAUAGCUAAGGACCCACGGUUUGAGCGCCUACCAUGCACACACAAGGGAACUUAUGCUGAUGACUGUUUAGUCCAAAGGGUAACACAGCACAAGUGUUAUAUCCUGGCUACUGUGGACAGAGAUCUAAAGAGAAGGGUUAGAAAAAUCCCUGGAGUGCCCAUCAUGUACAUCUCAAACCACAGGUAUAAUAUUGAACGGAUGCCUGAUGACUAUGGUGCUCCAAGGUUUUAAUAUUUCUGCAGCUGAGUUGGACAUGUAAAUAGACUGAAGAUUCCUAUUGUUUCUUUUGUGUACAUUAAAAAUUGAGGUUUUGUUCAUUUGCUGGGAUGGGGUGGGUUUGAUAGAAUUUUCAUCUCAAAAGUUAAAUAAGGUUUUGUUUUGCUGCCCUGAAACUUAUGUUGCUUUUUGUGUGAAUAAAUUCAUUGUUAAAAUGA